GUCCCUUGCCCUCCUCGCACGUGCGUGCCGUGCUGCCGUUAGGGCGAUCACGUGACUCGCGGCGGGCAAGAUGGCGGCGGCCAGCGGGAGGCGUGAGCGGCUGUGAGCGCGGGGGGCUCCGUCUCUGAGCGGGGAACGGGCGGGCCCGGGGUCCCUCCCCGCCAUGUCGCGCCUCAUCGUGAAGAACCUGCCGAGCGGGAUGAAGGAAGAUCGCUUCCGGAAGCUGUUUGCAGCCUUUGGCACGCUGACUGAUUGCAGCCUGAAAUUCACCAAGGAUGGCAAGUUCCGCAAGUUUGGAUUUAUUGGCUUUAAGUCCGAAGAUGAAGCCAAAAUGGCAAUGAAUCAUUUCAACAAAAGUUUCAUAGACAUGGCCAGAAUCACGGUAGAGUUCUGUAAAUCGUUCGGUGACCCAUCGAAGCCCAGAGCUUGGAGUAAACACUCCCAGAAGCCUUCUGCACCAGAGAAACCCACCGAUAAGCCCAAAACAAGUCCAGCUCCCACGGAGACAAAGAAAGAUAAAAAGAAGAAAAAUACAACAGGAAACUUAAAAGAGCUGGAAGGAGAUGAGGCAUUUAGAGAAUUUUUGGUGGUUCAUCAAAAACGGACUCAAGUGGCCACUUGGGCUAAUGACAUGUUGGCGGAGGAGCCCAAGACCGGGAAAUCGAAGCCGGUGGAUGAUUAUCUGAACUUUGACUCGGAUGAGUCAGAGGAGCUCAGCGAAGAGGAGGAGGGCAGGGGCAAACGCCACAAGGAGCAAGAAACCGCAGGCACCAAAAUAAAGAAGAGCCCCAGAGAAAAGGCAGCUGCCAGGGCAGAGCUCUCCGAUAUGGAUUACCUGAAAUCUAAAGUGGUGAAAGAUUCCUCGUCUUCCUCAGCCGAGGAGGAGAGUGAGGAGGACCAGCUGGACAGUGAGAGCAUGAGGGGGGGAAGCGAGGAUGAGAAGGAGCCCAGCAGCUUGGAAACUGUCGGUGUCCAGGUGGAAAAAGGGGCAGAGCUGGAAGGACAGAGCAAAGGGCAGGGGACAGUGGUGGAGAGGAAGAAGAAGAAAGGAGCAACACUGGAGAAUCGGGCCAACCCCAAUGUAGCCACCACGCCGUACACAGUGAAGCUGCGCGGUGCCCCGUUCAAUGUCACUGAGCAAAACGUUCGAGAAUUCCUCUUGCCCCUGAAGCCGGUGGCGAUCAGGAUAGCAAGAAACGUACAUGGGAAUAAGACAGGUUACGUCUUUGUUGAUUUCAACGGCGAGGAAGAAGUACAGAAAGCCUUGAAACGAAACAAGGAAUACAUGGGUGGGCGCUACAUUGAGGUGUUCCGAGAGGAGAGUGGGCUGAAGAUGAAGCUCACCCGGAAGGGCGAAGACCAGCCCUGGCAAAGGAGGAAGAAGGCUGAUGAGGAAGAGGAAGACCUCUCGGAGUCAGGAAGGCUCUUUGUCAGGAAUCUCCCUUACACUAGCACCGAGGAGGACUUGGAGCAAAUAUUUUCCAAAUAUGGUCCCCUGUCCGAGAUCCAUUUCCCCAUAGACAGUCUGACCAAGAAACCCAAGGGAUUUGCCUUCAUCACCUACAUGAUCCCAGAGCAUGCAGUGAAGGCCUUCGCAGAAGUGGACGGGCAGGUGUUUCAGGGCAGGAUGCUGCAUGUGUUACCUUCCACCAUAAAGAAGGAAGAAGGGGAGAACCUAGAUGCUGAGGGAUCCUCUUCCUACAAGAAGCAGAAAGAGUCCAAGGACAAAGCAAACAGUGCCAGCUCUCACAACUGGAACACGCUGUUCAUGGGCACGAACGCUGUGGCAGAUGCAAUCGCACAGAAGUACAAUGCCACCAAGAGCCAAGUUCUCGAUCACGAAGGCAAAGGCAGCGUGGCCGUGAGGGUAGCUCUGGGUGAAACCCAGCUAGUCCAGGACGUCCGCCAGUUCCUGAUCGACAAUGGAGUCAGCCUGGAUUCCUUCAGUCAGGCUGCUGGAGAACGGAGUAAAACUGUGAUCCUAGUGAAGAACCUCCCUGCCGGUACUAAAGUGGUGGAGCUGGAGGAGGUCUUUGGCCCACAUGGCAGCCUCGGGCGAGUGCUGCUCCCGGAAGGAGGGAUCACAGCCAUUGUGGAAUUCUUGGAGCCCACGGAGGCCAAGCAAGCCUUCACCAAGCUGGCCUACUCCAAGUUUCAGCACGUCCCUCUGUAUCUCGAGUGGGCUCCCAUGGGUGUCUUUUCCUGCCCACCCCCUGAGAAGAAACAGCCUGAGAUUCCAGGAGAGGAAGGAGAAGCCAGGCUGGGAACUGCUGGUGAUGAAACUGAGGAAGCUAAAAAGGGCUCAGAAAAAAUAGCAGUAGAUGAGGAGGAGGAGGAGGACGAGGAGAGUGUUCCAGGAUGUACACUGUUCAUCAAAAACCUCAACUUUGCCACCACAGAAGAUACGCUGAUGGAGACGUUUUCCAAAGUGGGAGCUGUGAAGAGCUGCACGAUCUCAAGGAAGAAAGACAAAGCAGGAACUUUACUUCCUAUGGGCUUUGGAUUUGUGGAGUACAAGAAACCAGAGCAUGCUCAGAAAGCCCUCAGACAGCUCCAGGGUUGCUCAGUAGAUGGCCAUCAGCUGGACGUGAAGAUCUCCGACAGGGCCAUCAAGCCCACUGUGACACCAUCCCGCAAAAAACAAACGCUCAAGAAGCAAAAGAGCUCCAAGAUUUUGGUCCGAAAUAUCCCAUUCCAGGCAACCGUGAGGGAAAUCAGAGAGCUGUUCAGCACCUUUGGAGAGCUGAAGACCGUCCGCCUGCCAAAGAAAAUGGCUGGGACAGGAUCUCACCGUGGCUUUGGAUUUGUGGAUUUCCUCACCAAACAGGAUGCCAAGAAAGCCUUCAACGCCCUGUGCCACAGCACACACUUGUACGGCAGGAGGCUGGUCUUGGAGUGGGCUGACACGGAGGAAACAGUGGAGGCCCUGAGACGGAAAACAGCUGAUCAUUUUCACGAUUCCCCAAAGAAGAAGAAGCGUGCUGUGGCUUUGGACGAAAUCCUGGAGCAGCUGGAGGAGGACGGGGAUGACGAUGCAGGCGACUAGCAGACUCAUCGGCUGCUGUUUGGAGUCUGAGGGUCGUCUGUUGAUGGACACAGAGAGAGCGAGUGGCAUCCAUCCACCUCUGUAUUCUGCAACCAAGAAAAUUUGUUGCCAUCUGAACCUGCUACACCAGGCCUUUAAACCAGAGGACCAAUUCUUGCUUCAGACACAGGUCUGGUAGCCAGGCUUUUUAAACCCAAGAGGGAAAUGCACCUUGAAUCUGCAGGUAGAAGACGAGCCUUUUUCAUCUGCGAGCAACGCAUGCCAGUCCACGUGCACCUGUGGAGGGCCCCGUUAAACCAGAGAAGGAUUUCAGGCUAGAACAUUAACUCCUUCACCUCAGCGAGGCGCACCCCCACCUGCAUUGCAAUCUGGGGAGCUGGCCCUUCAGCUGGAGAACGCUACCCCUCAAGGGAACAUCAGUCGCUCACUUUUGUAACCGAUUGUUCCCACUGCUUGAAUAAUUUAAAAAACAUCCGUGUACAUUUAAAAAAAAAAAAAUUCAAGACUGUUACUAAAAGCAGGUGAAUCCCUUUUUAUUUCUAUUAACCACAACUGGGUGUUUAUCCGAGCCCACGAGGAAGGUGAAAAUAUUAGUGUUCAUCUCUGAGCCUGUCAUUUCUGUCCACGCUCGCAGCCAGCAGUGGCCCUUCCCUUCCCCGGUUUCAAAAGAAAAGAGGCUUUUGCUUUUCAACCGGGGGUAGUGGUUUACAUAUGUACACGGCUGAUAAAGUAUUUCACUUCGCCCCCUUCCCCCUGGGAAUUGCUGUCUUAUGGCAAAACUGCUCUGGCUAACAGAGGAUGCAACAGAUCACAUGUGUUGGCUGCAAAUGUUCUAUUUAUUAUAUAUAUGUUUUAUCACUGCAUAGCUUUAAAAAAAAACCCUUCUCUCUGCUGUUGGCCAGAUUUGUCUGGUUUCCCAAGGGAGUGGACGUGAGCCCAGUAUGAUCUCCAGUCACAGUGUCCGCUUGCUCCCUGGGAAGGUGCCUUAAGGCUUCCCUGGAAGGUUACAUCUUGUGGCUGCCUAAAAUGAUUCCAGAGCUUGGGAUGUUGUCUCAGUUCGUUCCCAUCUUUAUUGAAGGGGUUUCUGAUGCACUCAGCAUUGACCUAACUCUGCUCCCUUUGAAGGCGAUGGGCGUUUUGUCAUUCAGAUCACUGGGAAGCAGCGUUAGGCGGAUGCAUGGUGCUUUUGAAAAUCCCGUUCUGAGCAUCAAGUGGGAAGCGGCUGCAGGACACCAGGCAUGGCCCAGCCUUGAACAGGGACAAACCUAGGCCAGAUACUACUUCAGGAGAUGGUAGCCCCACCACUGCCCCUUUCUCAAACGCAGGGCGCGUGGUUUCCUGCCCUCUUAGAUGGGGACUCUUACAGCUGGUGGCUCGGGUUUUAAAAGGAGAAUUUUAAAUGGCGGUUUGCUUCCAUUGAAAUCAAUGGUACGAGUUGGGCCAACGCUGAGCAAGUGCUUUUUGAAAAUCCUACCCCAAGUCUCUACUCAGAGGUACUGUGUCAUCUGAGAAAGAACCAGGUCAUCUCAGAGGUAACUCCUUGGGCGUGGCGGAUCAAUCGUAGUUGUGUAGAGGUCAUUUACUCUUGGCAUGAAGUGGUUAAACUAGAGAUGGGCAUAGUGGUGUGGUUAGCAUUGACUGUGCAUGUGGCACUGCCUAGCGCACAAAACUAGUCCCAGUGCCAGCUCCAAAGAGCUGACGGUCUAAAAGAUGCACACCCAGGAGUGAGGUCACAGCAGGCAAUCUAGAGGUGGUGAAGACUUAGUGGAUAUUAAUCUAGGCAGAGAUUUUUCAAUAGAGUCCAAGAGGGUCGGUCCUGGGGCCGGUUUUGUUCAGCAUCUUUAUUAAUCAUCUGGAU